UAAAUAAAAACAAAUAUUCAGCUUAUUUAAACAAUGGUGGACAUCUAACAAGUUAUAAGGGAUUAGAAAUUAAAAAUGAUUCAUUAAAGUUGGAAAAUGAAGCACUAAUUGAUCAAAGCAAAAUUUUAAAAAAAGAACACAUCAUUAAUGCUAGUAAUAAUGACAUUAACAAAGACCAAAAUAAUAAGGAUGAUAAUAUGCAGGAACCUGAAUUUCAACAAUCUAAACCUCAACAAGAACUUGAACUCCAAACUCCAACAAA